AAACCAAGCCGAGAAGGAGCUGGUGUCGUUUUGGAUGCCGGAAUAGACAAGAUAAGCAUUACAUGGAAGCUAAGCUCGACGGGGUCUAAAAAGGAGGCUGAAUUUAAAACCAUUAAAGUAAAGCUAUGCUACGCUCCACCUAGCCAAGUUGACCGACCAUGGCGCAAGACCCAUGACGAGCUCUUCAAAGACAAGACCUGCCCACACAAGAUCGUGGCCAGGCCUUAUGACAAAACCACUCAAUCUAUUGACUGGAUCCUUGAGCGUGACAUCCCCACCGGAACCUACUUCGUUCGUGCCUACGCGGUUGAUGAACACGACCAUGAAGUUGCCUUUGGACAAAGCACGAACGAAGCCAAGACGACCAGCCUCUUCAGCGUUCAGGCUAUCAGUGGUCGCCACAAGUCCCUAGAUAUUGCUUCCGUCUGCUUCAGUGUCUUCUCCGUUUUGGCUUUGCUCGUCUUCUUUGUCAACGAGAAGAGGAAGGCCAAGAUAGAGCAAAGCAAAUGAGUCUGUUUACUUUGCGUGUUUGUGACGUUGAACCCCUAAAAAAAAGCGUUGACUUUGAACUUUCUUGUUUACCAAUUGCUUUUGUCUUGUUGCUUACUUCUUCCCUAUGUAUUUUUUUUUUUCAUGUGUUUGUACCAUUACGCCAUUCAUACGGAGCAAAACUAAUCCUACGGUGGUGAUGCGUUGUGUGAUUUCUGUAUUCUUAUAUACUUUUUGAUAUAUAUUCUUACACACUUUGUUUCACAAAGUUUCGAAUU